AUGCUGCUGCACGGGAAGAUAGGCGAGUCCCAGAUUGUCAUUUUAAGUGAACAGCGGCUUACCCACACCUCACCUCGACGCUCCUCGCGCAGCCACACACUCUCUCUCCCUUUUCUCUGUUACGGACAGCGACGCAACGCAUAUCGCAACCUCUGUUCCCGGGUCGUUCCCGACUCUGAAACAAGAGGCCACCUUCCGCACGCUGCGAAAUCGAUCUCUUCAGAGUGCCAUCGUGUGUGUACCCGCCCCGUACUUUUUCCAUCAUGCGCGGAAGCCUCAGUCUCUUCCUUCUCCUCUCGCUCGCCCUCCACGUAG